UCAGCUCUCCCUCUAUAUAGUCAGGCUGAAGAGACAGAGGGGAUUUGGAUUGUCCCAGCUGUGAACUGUGCAGGAUCCGAAUUCUCCGGUUUCUUCUCCGCUUUCCCUAACAGGAUAUCUGUGAUCACUGAGACAUCAUGGCCCAGAAAGGUCAGCUCAGUGAUGAUGAGAAGUUCCUCUUCGUGGACAAAAACUUCAUCAAUAGCCCAGUGGCCCAGGCCGACUGGUCAGCCAAAAAACUAGUAUGGGUCCCUUCAGAGAAGCAGGGCUUUGAAGCUGCAAGCAUCAAAGAGGAGAAAGGGGAUGAAGUGGUUGUAGAACUGACUGAGAAUGGUAAGAAAAUUACAGUUGGCAAAGAUGACAUCCAGAAGAUGAAUCCCCCCAAAUUCUCCAAAGUAGAAGACAUGGCAGAACUGACCUGCCUCAAUGAAGCAUCUGUGUUACACAAUCUGAGGGAGAGAUAUUUCUCAGGACUUAUUUAUACUUAUUCUGGCCUAUUCUGCGUUGUGGUCAAUCCCUACAAAUACCUGCCCAUUUAUUCAGAGAAGAUAAUUGACAUGUACAAAGGGAAGAAGCGACACGAGAUGCCCCCCCACAUCUACGCCAUUGCGGACACAGCCUACCGGAGUAUGCUGCAAGACCGGGAAGAUCAGUCUAUCCUGUGCACAGGUGAAUCUGGAGCUGGGAAGACAGAAAACACCAAAAAGGUCAUCCAGUAUCUAGCUGUGGUGGCUUCCUCUCAUAAGGGGAAAAAGGAUACAAGCAUCACUCAAGGCCCAUCUUUUGCUUACGGUGAGCUGGAAAAACAACUUCUACAAGCGAAUCCUAUUCUGGAAGCUUUUGGCAAUGCCAAAACUGUCAAGAAUGACAACUCCUCGAGAUUCGGCAAAUUCAUCCGCAUCAACUUUGAUGUCACAGGCUACAUUGUGGGAGCCAACAUUGAAACAUACCUGCUGGAAAAGUCACGUGCCAUUCGCCAAGCAAGAGAUGAAAGGACUUUUCACAUCUUUUAUUAUAUGAUUGCUGGGGCUAAGGAACAAAUGAAAAACGAUUUAUUACUUGAAGGCUUCAACAACUAUACAUUUCUUUCCAAUGGCUUUGUACCCAUUCCUGCUGCCCAGGAUGAUGAGAUGUUCCAGGAGACCUUGGAGGCCAUGGGAAUUAUGGGUUUCAGUGAAGAAGAACAGCUUGCCAUGUUGAAGGUUGUUUCAUCUGUCCUGCAGCUUGGAAAUAUUGUCUUUAAGAAGGAAAGAAAUACAGAUCAAGCAUCUAUGCCAGAUAACACAGCUGCUCAGAAAGUUUGCCAUCUAAUGGGUAUAAAUGUGACAGAUUUCACCAGGGCCAUCCUUACUCCCCGUAUCAAAGUUGGACGGGAUGUGGUGCAGAAGGCUCAGACCAAAGAACAGGCUGACUUUGCCGUAGAAGCAUUGGCCAAAGCAACAUAUGAGCGCCUCUUCCGCUGGAUACUGACCCGAGUGAACAAGGCUUUAGAUAAAACCCACAGACAAGGAGCAUCCUUCUUAGGGAUCCUGGACAUUGCUGGAUUUGAAAUCUUUGAGGUUAAUUCCUUUGAACAACUCUGCAUCAAUUAUACAAAUGAAAAACUACAACAGCUCUUCAACCACACCAUGUUUAUCCUUGAGCAAGAGGAAUAUCAGAGGGAAGGGAUUGAGUGGAAUUUUAUUGACUUUGGCCUGGAUCUGCAACCUUGCAUUGAACUGAUUGAGAGGCCGAAUAACCCUCCUGGUGUCCUGGCCCUCUUAGAUGAAGAGUGCUGGUUCCCUAAAGCUACAGACAAGUCCUUUGUAGAGAAGCUAUGCUCAGAACAGGGCAACCAUCCCAAAUUUCAGAAACCCAAACAGCUCAAGGAUAAGACUGAGUUUUCCAUCAUCCACUAUGCUGGAAAGGUUGACUACAAUGCAAGUGCUUGGCUAACAAAGAAUAUGGACCCCCUGAAUGAUAACGUGACUUCUCUGCUCAAUGCCUCCUCAGACAAGUUUGUGGCUGACCUAUGGAAAGAUGUGGAUCGCAUUGUGGGGCUGGACCAGAUGGCCAAGAUGACAGAAAGCUCACUGCCCAGCGCCUCUAAGACAAAGAAAGGCAUGUUUCGUACAGUGGGACAGCUAUACAAGGAGCAACUUGGGAAGCUAAUGACUACCCUGAGGAACACCACACCCAACUUUGUUCGAUGUAUCAUCCCCAACCAUGAAAAGCGGUCUGGGAAACUUGAUGCAUUUCUGGUGCUGGAGCAGCUUCGAUGCAAUGGAGUCUUGGAAGGCAUCCGAAUCUGUCGUCAGGGCUUCCCCAACAGAAUUGUAUUCCAGGAAUUCCGCCAACGCUAUGAGAUUUUGGCAGCAAAUGCAAUUCCUAAAGGGUUCAUGGAUGGAAAGCAGGCUUGUAUCCUCAUGAUUAAAGCUCUAGAACUUGAUCCCAACUUGUACAGAAUUGGACAAAGUAAAAUCUUCUUUAGAACUGGUGUCCUAGCUCAUCUAGAAGAGGAGAGAGAUUUGAAGAUCACAGAUGUCAUCAUGGCGUUCCAAGCAAUGAGUCGGGGUUAUCUGGCAAGAAAAGCCUUUGCCAAGAGGCAACAGCAGCUCACUGCCAUGAAAGUCAUCCAGAGAAACUGUGCUGCCUACCUCAAGCUAAGGAAUUGGCAAUGGUGGAGGCUGUUCACCAAAGUGAAACCUUUGCUCCAAGUAACUCGCCAAGAAGAAGAAAUGCAGGCAAAGGAAGAUGAGCUCCAGAAGAUCAAGGAAAAGCAGCAGAAAGCAGAGACUGAACUCAAGGAACUGGAGCAGAAGCACACCCAGUUGGCCGAGGAGAAGAACCUCCUUCAGGAACAGCUCCAAGCUGAGACCGAACUGUAUGCAGAAGCAGAGGAGAUGCGGGUGCGACUGGCGGCAAAGAAGCAAGAGCUGGAAGAAAUCCUGCACGAGAUGGAGGCACGGCUGGAGGAAGAGGAGGACAGGGGCCAGCAGCUGCAGGCUGAGAAGAAGAAGAUGGCACAACAGAUGCUGGACCUUGAGGAACAGCUAGAGGAAGAAGAAGCUGCAAGGCAAAAACUACAGCUUGAGAAAGUCACAGCUGAGGCAAAAAUAAAGAAAAUGGAGGAUGACAUCCUGGUCAUGGAUGAUCAAAACAACAAAUUAACCAAAGAAAGAAAACUCCUCGAAGAAAGAAUAAGUGAUUUAACAACAAAUCUGGCAGAAGAAGAGGAAAAAGCAAAGAACCUUACAAAGCUAAAGAACAAGCAUGAAUCUAUGAUUUCAGAACUGGAAGUACGUCUAAAGAAGGAAGAGAAGAGUAGACAGGAGCUUGAGAAAAUGAAGAGGAAACUAGAGGGAGAUGCGAGUGACUUCCAUGAACAGAUUGCUGACCUCCAGGCCCAGAUUGCUGAGCUGAAAAUGCAGCUGGCCAAGAAAGAAGAGGAACUACAAGCAGCUCUGGCCAGGCUUGAUGAUGAAAUUGCUCAGAAAAACAAUGCCUUGAAGAAGAUAAGAGAAUUGGAGGGCCAUAUCUCUGAUCUCCAAGAAGAUUUGGACUCAGAACGGGCAGCAAGAAAUAAGGCUGAGAAACAGAAAAGAGACCUGGGGGAAGAGCUGGAGGCAUUGAAGACAGAGCUAGAAGAUACCCUGGACAGCACAGCAACACAGCAGGAACUCAGAGCCAAGAGGGAACAAGAAGUGACAGUACUGAAGAAGGCCCUCGAUGAGGAGACUCGGACACAUGAAGCCCAAGUCCAAGAGAUGAGACAGAAACACACACAGGCUGUAGAAGAACUCACAGAGCAAUUGGAGCAGUUCAAGAGGGCUAAAGCUAAUCUGGACAAGAACAAGCAGACCCUGGAAAAAGACAAUGCAGAUCUAGCCAAUGAACUGAGGUCCCUGAACCAAGCGAAGCAAGAGGUGGAACACAAAAAGAAGAAGCUGGAGACACAGGUUCAGGACCUCCAGUCCAAAUGCAGUGACGGGGAACGGGUGCGGGCAGAGCUCAAUGACAAAGUCCACAAGUUACAGAAUGAAGUGGAGAGUGUCACUGGGAUGCUGAAUGAGGCAGAAGGGAAGACCAUAAAAUUGGCCAAAGAUGUUGCAUCCCUAGGAUCCCAGCUGCAGGAUACUCAAGAAUUGCUCCAAGAAGAAACACGACAGAAGUUGAAUGUGUCUACUAAACUUCGCCAGCUAGAGGAUGAAAGAAAUAGCCUGCAAGAUCAACUGGAUGAGGAAGUGGAAGCCAAGCAAAAUCUGGAGCGACACAUCUCAACUCUUAAUAUACAGCUCUCUGAUUCAAAGAAGAAGCUGCAAGAUUUUGCCAGCACUGUGGAGGGCCUUGAAGAAGGCAAAAAGAAGCUCCAGAAAGAAAUUGAAGGCCUUACCCAGCAGUAUGAGGAGAAAGCAGCAUCUUAUGACAAACUGGAAAAGACUAAGAACAGGCUUCAGCAGGAACUGGAUGACCUAGUUGUGGACUUGGACAACCAGCGCCAACUGGUGUCCAAUUUGGAAAAGAAACAAAAGAAGUUUGACCAGUUGUUAGCAGAGGAGAAAAAUAUCUCUUCCAAAUACGCUGAUGAAAGAGACAGAGCAGAGGCGGAAGCUAGAGAGAAGGAAACAAAAGCCUUGUCCUUAGCCCGGGCUCUGGAGGAGGCUCUGGAAUCCAAAGAAGAACUUGAAAGAACCAACAAAAUGCUCAAAGCCGAAAUGGAAGAUCUGGUUAGCUCCAAGGAUGAUGUGGGCAAAAACGUCCAUGAACUAGAGAAAUCCAAACGAGCUCUGGAAACCCAGAUGGAAGAGAUGAAGACUCAACUAGAGGAACUGGAGGAUGAGCUGCAGGCCACCGAGGAUGCCAAGCUGAGGCUGGAGGUUAACAUGCAAGCCCUGAAGGGCCAAUUUGAGAGAGAUCUCCAGGCAAGGGAUGAGCAAAAUGAAGAGAAGAGAAGGCAGCUGCAGAAGCAGCUCCAUGAGUAUGAGACAGAACUAGAAGAUGAACGAAAGCAGAGGGCCCUGGCAGCUGCAGCCAAGAAGAAAUUGGAAGUAGACAUCAAAGAUCUGGAACUUCAAGCUGACUCAGCCAUCAAAGGGCGGGAGGAGGCCAUCAAGCAACUCCGUAAACUCCAGGCUCAGAUGAAGGACUUUCAAAGAGAGCUGGAAGAUGCCCGGGCCUCUAGAGAGGAGAUCUUUGCCACAGCCAAGGAAAAUGAGAAGAAAGCCAAGAGCUUAGAAGCAGACCUCAUGCAACUCCAGGAGGAUCUGGCUGCUGCUGAGAGGGCUCGAAAACAAGCAGACCUAGAGAAAGAUGAAUUGACUGAGGAAUUGGCCAGCAGUGUGUCUGGAAGGAAUGCCCUGCAAGAUGAUAAACGCCGCUUAGAAGCUCGAAUUGCCCAACUGGAGGAAGAACUGGAAGAAGAACAGGGUAACAUGGAGGCCAUGAGUGACCGGUUCAGGAAAGCCACACAGCAGGCAGAGCAGCUCAACAAUGAACUGGCCACAGAGCGCAGCGCAGCCCAAAAGAAUGAGAGUGCCCGGCAACAACUCGAGCGGCAGAACAAGGAACUGAGGAGCAAACUCCAAGAAAUGGAGGGGGCUGUCAAAUCUAAGUUCAAGUCAACCAUUGCUGCCUUAGAAGCCAAGAUCGCCCAGUUGGAGGAACAGGUGGAACAAGAAGCCAGGGAAAAACAGGCAGCUACCAAGACAUUACGCCAGAAGGACAAGAAGUUGAAAGAAGUCAUGUUGCAGGUGGAAGACGAAAGGAAGCUAGCCGAGCAGUACAAAGAACAGGCCGAGAAAGGUAACACCAGAGUGAAGCAGUUGAAGAGACAACUGGAGGAGGCAGAAGAAGAAUCCCAGCGCAUCAAUGCCAACCGCAGGAAGCUCCAGAGAGAAUUGGAUGAAGCCACAGAGAGCAACGAGGCCAUGGGUCGAGAAGUGAAUGCACUCAAGAGCAAACUCAGGAAACGCCCUAGCAUGUGAUUUUACACCAAGCAAUACUUAAUUCUUAAGGAUUUCAAGAAGCUGUACACUGAAUGAAUUGCUGGAGUUGAAUUGCUGGAGUUUUCUUUUCUGCAUGAAGUCUUCUGCACCCUUAAAAACACAUUGAUAAUUGAGGAUCAAUAUUUUGCCACUGACACUUUUUUUUUUGAAGGAAAACUGCUCCCAUCUGACUACUGUGAUUCACAAACCACAUUAAAUCACAAAGCACUAUAUUUAUGGAGACCACAACCAAUGUUCUCUCACAAAUAUGCUUUUGCAAACAGCAUCGGCAUCAGGGAAAGAAAUCUAUCACCAAAAUAUUUCAUUAGUGCCUGAACUGCAUGAAGCUUGACAAUGUCCUAACUUCCGAUGGCCACUUAACUCAGUGUAGGUUAUAGGAAGCUCUAGGCUAGCCACUGCAAAACCAGCUACCAUCCUUAUGGCAAAAUUGUUUGAAGCCACAGAACAAUGCAUUCAUGGAAUGUGGGGCAGAACACUUGAAAAUGCUUGUGGAGGUCUUUUGCAGGAGAUGGAACUUUUAAUUUCUGGAAAAUUGUCUUUUUCAAUUUAGUUAUGUCACUUGCAAACUGGUUGCCCUUCUUUUCUGAGACCAUAUAACCCUGUUGUAAUAUUUGUGUGAAUCUUCUCUUUGGGGCAGUCUCUGCUUUGCUACUAUCAGCAAAAUAUUUAAAGAUGAAUCAUGUCUUAGCAAAAGCUUUAUUAUCAGCUUUAUAUCUCACUUUUCUAAUUCUGCAGAACCAUCCUGAGCUGUCAGUAGAUAAAGUUCUAAAAAUCACUUUUUUUUUUUAAGGGGUCAGAAGGUGAAACACUCUUUUGAUAAAGAUAGGGACUUACUUCAAACAGCCAAAGGCUUGAGGCUUGAUUUGCUACAAUGAGGAGGCUGGCAAAAUUCUCAAGUACUGAAAUGAAACUGGUUUAAGAAGAUUCUAAACAAGGUCCUCAAAAGUAGUAGUAUCCUUAAAGCAAAUUAUUUUUUUAUAGGGAUGUUUACUUAAUUGAACUUACCUUAUCUCAUGUUAUAACAGACCCAACUCUUAGCAUUGGGAUUUAAAACUACUUCCCUUCAAGACAGGGAUUCCUGAUUUGCAAGCUUCCUUUGGAUACUAGAAUGAGAACAGAAAGCAGGAAAACAUGUAGGGCAAGGAUAUUAAAAUUCAUUUUUUAACUGUAGGAUUUAUAAUUGGAAGGGACCUUAGGAAUGAUUUAGUCCAGCCUAAUUUUACAGAGAGGGAAACCAAGGAGACCGCAGUAGUUAUUUGCUCAGGAUCACACAGUAGUAGAUAUGAAUUGAAACCGAGGUAUGAUUCCAAACUGCCUUGUAAUUAACUGCCUUAUCUAUGUUUUCCCUGACAGAUCCAUUUCAUAACUAUUUAUCUGGGAGACUUUAACACAUGGAUUGUCUGUUUUACUUAGUUUUCUCCCUUCUCUUUCAACUUUUGGCAUUAACUAUGGUGCGGGGGAGGAUGUAUACAUGCAUAUUCAAAAGGAUAAACUCAGAAUGUAUCCCUACCUUGAUACUUCAAGGAAAGUGAAUUAUAUGUAUGUACCUUCCCCCUCCCACUCUAGUUCAUUCAACUUUAAAGUCUUGGAAAAUACUGUCCUAAAUGAUUAAGCUUUUAGAACCAAAAGAAAAGCCUACAAGUGUUACUACCUUGAAGUUCUAAGGUGGUUUUUAAGGUGUAAAUUACUCACCCUUUGAAAUGAAUGAAGCUGACAUGAUACAACUUUAACUAUUUAUACACGAUUGCUGCCCACUUGGAAACAACUCAUUUCAAAAGCUGGUAGUAUAUAAAAGCCAUUGUUUUUAAGUUUCCAAUACAACCUGAGUGACUUUUGCUACUUUUCUCAGCAAUCAUGAAAUACAGUCCCUUGCUUAUGUCUAAAAUCUUACCUCUUAAUAUAGUUGUUCCUUUGGAAUUAAAACAAAAACAAAACAAAAACAAAAGACUAUGAUUUUCUCUUGCCCUCAACAUGUCUACCAAGAGCCAUGGUGCUAUUAGAUAACUUUCUCUAACAGAACAUACUUUGUUGCUCUCAAACAUUGACAAGGGAGCAAGGCCUACCUUCAAGAUCAGAGACAUAAAAGUCUAAGCUGGGAUAACCUUCCUCCCACUCACUUAAAAACAUUUCAACUAUUUGCAAUUACUCUUCUGGAGGAAAAUUUUCUCUCCGGUUGCUUCUUCAUCCUUCCCAAUAUUUGCAGACCCUUUUCAUUUAAAUAAUUUCUUUCAAUCCAGCAAAAUUAAAUUGAAUAUGGACCUGAGGUACAUUCAUCUGUUUUCCCUUUGGUACUUAUAAACUUAUCUUUUCAUCUUAAUGGCAGUCUUUCAGCUGCUGUUGCAGAGUGAAUUUUUACUAAUAAAGCACUUAUUUCAAAAUGAGUCAGAACUGUAAGUCAGAACCAGCUGCUGCCUGAGCAGCACAUAGGUAGAAAAGGUAGUUUCCACAAGUUACUACUAAAAACUAAAUAAUUAGACAACAAACUGAAAUUUAAAAGUCCUUAAAUCCCUUAUACUUAAGACUGCUCCUUUCCCUCCCCAAAAUCUGAGUGCUCUUUGUGACUCUUGCCUCUUGAAAAAUAUUCUUGGUUAUUUGUUUUAAGCCAAUUUCAAACAGAUAAAACUAUAUUUUGAGGGAGGAAAGGAAGUUAGCCUUGAAUUUCCUCAGGAUGGAGAGUUUUACCUUCAUAAAAGGGUCUAAAGAAAAUUAAUCCUUCUCUUUGAAUAGCCACCUUUUU